GAGCUGCUCAGGGCCCACCAGCUGGCAGGAAGCAGGACAGAGGUCACUUGAACUCAGACCACAGGUCCCUGUUAAAUACAUCAACUUUUAAAUCAAUCUUUGUUCAAAGUCCAGUGAGUUCCAAGACUAGAGCUCACCAGCAGAGAGAGAAUUCCCCGGUGAACGGACCAGCUUUUCUUCUUUCCACAUUCAGAAAUGGCUUCCACCUUCCAUCCGCGAGAAUGUGAACUGUCUAAACAAGAAGGACAAAGCUAUGGCUUCUUCUUGCGAAUCGAGAAGGACACUGACGGCCACCUGGUCCGGGUGGUUGAGAAGGGGAGCCCGGCAGAGAAGGCGGGCCUCCAGGAUGGAGACCGAGUUCUUAGGAUCAAUGGUGUCUUUGUGGACAAGGAAGAGCAUAUGCAGGUUGUAGAUCUAGUCAGGAAGAGUGGGAAUUCAGUGACUUUGCUAGUCCUGGAUGGGAAUUCCUAUGAGAAAGCAAUGAAAAAACAGGUAGACUUGAAAGAGUUGAGUCAAAGUCGGAAGGAGCCGAGUUUGAAUGAUAAGAAGCUGCCCUCUGUGGUGAACCAAGGAGCACAGACUUGGACCCAGCCACGGCUCUGCUACCUGGUGAAGGAGGGGAACAGCUACGGCUUCUCUCUGAAAACUGUCCAAGGUAAAAAGGGAGUGUAUAUGACUGAUAUAACGCCUCAAGGUGUGGCUAUGAAAGCUGGUGUCCUGGCUGGGGAUCACUUGAUUGAAGUGAACGGAGAGAAUGUUGAAGAUGCCAGCCACGAGGAAGUGGUGGCAAAGGUGAAGAACUCUGGAAGCCGUGUCGUGUUCCUGCUGGUGGACAAGGAGACUGACAAGCUCCAUGCUGAGCAGAAGAUAAAAUUCAAGAGAGAGACAGCCAGUUUGAAAUUGCUACCCCACCAGCCCCGGGUUGUGGAGAUGAAGAAGGGAAGCAAUGGCUAUGGUUUCUAUCUAAGGGCAGGCCCAGAACAGAAGGGUCAAGUCAUCAAGGACAUAGAUUCCGGAAGUCCGGCAGAGGAAGCUGGUUUGAAGAACAAUGACCUGUUAGUCGCUGUCAACGGCCAAUCUGUGGAAUCCCUGGAUCAUGACAGUGUGGUGGAAAUGAUUAGAAAGGGAGGAGAUCAGACUUCGCUGCUGGUGGUAGACAAAGAGACGGACAACAUGUAUAGACUGGCUCAUUUUUCUCCAUUUCUCUACUAUCAAAGUCAAGAACUGCCCAAUGGUUCCAUCAAGGAGGCUCCAGCUCCGAUGCCGGCUCCCACUCCUCCAGAAGUGUCAAGUCCAGAUACUACAGAGGAAGCAAGAGAUCAUAAGCCUAAACUUUGCUGGCUGGUUAAAGGGGAAAAUGGCUGUGGCUUUCACUUAAAUGCCAUUCAGGGUCAGCCAGGCUCCUUCAUCAAAGAGGUACAGAAGGGCGGCCCCGCUGAGCUGGCAGGGCUGGAGCAUGAGGAUAUCAUCAUCGAAGUGAAUGGAGUGAACGUGGUGGAUGAACCCUAUGAGAAAGUGGUAGAAAGAAUCCAGAGCAGUGGGAAGAAUGUCACAUUCUUAGUCUGUGGAAAGAAGGCCUAUGAAUAUUUCCAGGCUAAGAAAAUCCCUAUUGUUUCCUCCAUGGCUGAUCCACUGGAUGCCCCCACUGAUUCCAAAGAAGAAACACCGGCAGAACCAGAGCAUGAUUCACACAUGGCAAAAGAACGAGCAUACAGUACAGCCUCACAUUCUUCUUCCAAUUCUGAAGAUACGGAGAUGUGAUGAGAGCAAAUAAAGGCUUUGGCCGACAGCUGUUUCUGGGUAUUUAGUAGGAAUCCUUUCCCUAAGAAUGAGCUGCCACCCAUUUACUGUUUCUGUUAGAGAGAAACUCCUCUGGGAAUCGGUUCAUCAUGUGGGACUGUCUUCUGUUGUCAUUUGUCUUGGGGGUGACUACUGCAAUAGAUGGCUUAUUUAUGGUCAAUGUAAGGCGGGGACCAGAUUCUUUUCAUGUGAUCUCUUUCAAGCUUUCAGCUUCACUACAUUUCUCUGUAUGACAAUUAUCUCUUAAUUUUAUAGGCUCCCUGAGCACUAAUGAUGAUUCAUAAAUCUGUAUAUGUGAGAGCUGCUACAAAGUUCUGAGCAGAUAAGCCUAUUAAGACUAUGCUUUUGUAAGAAUGCUGUGGCUGCUAAAAUAGAUAUGCCAUUAAGAAUGACUUUAGAGGGCACCUAGGUAGCUCAGUGGGUUAAGCCGCUGCCUUCGGCUCAGGUCAUGAUCUCGGGGUCCUGGGAUCGAGUCCUGCAUCGGGCUCUCUGCUCAGCAGGGAGCCUGCUUCCCUCUCUCUCUCUGCCUGCCUCUGUCUACUUGUGAUCUCUCUCUGUCAAAAUAAACAAAUAAAAUCUUUAAAAAAAAAAAAAAAGAAUGCCUUUAGAGUAUAUUGGAAUCUUCCAUGUUAGCUGAUAAUGUCUUAAUAAUGCUUUUGUUUUUGGUAAACUUGCUUUUACGCUUUAACCUUCAUUUUGUCUCCAGAAACCCAAAACAUAAUAAAAUUCGGAGUAAGAUCUUAAGAGACUUCCUGGUAAUAAAACUAAGGAUUUCUUUAAAUUGCAUUUCUCAAUGUUCUAUAAACUUUCCAGCAUUUUCCUUUCACAGGUGGAGAAAGUAGGGGCUAGAAUAGGAAAAUUACUUAUUCCAUUUAAGAGUUAUUCAUUGUUUUACCCUACAGCAUGAGGGAGAGAUGGAAAGGGAAAAAAAUGAGACAUUGUCACCAAAUUGAAUGUACGGUAAUUCACUCUCAAAUAAUACUAACUUAAAAGGAGAUCAAUAAAGAUAAUAUACCUGAA